AUGAUGGAUAACGUCAACCUUGUGGCGUUUAAUCUCGUUUCACUGUGCUUCUUCAUCAUUUUGGCUACCGGAUGUGCGAGUCGAAAAAAGAACCCGAACGAUGUGAUUUCAGCAUCAGAUGUGAACUCUCAAAAGAAUACGGAUGCACUUUCGGAGAAAACUAGUGGAGCUACGAGAACAAUGAAAAAAUUGGGUGUAGAACAAAAGCCGAUCAAGAACAACAUGAGUCGAGAUGCCACUACGCCAGAAAUCGUUAAAAGCAAGGAUGCAUCAACUCCGGAGAAAAAGGCAGAUCCUCAGAACACGGAAAACGAACCAAACCUGGAAAAUGCUAUGAAAGAAACCAAAACGGCCGCUGAAGACGAAGAAGAAGCGAAGAAUUUGAAAGACAAAAGACGAGAAGAAAUGACGACGCUUGUGGCAGCUGGAGCAGCACUACUUGUCCCUGCUUCAAAAGAAGUGCCAACGAAAUCAGCUGAUGAGUUAGUCCUCAAGACAGCACAAGGAACAACCAAAGGCACAGAGAAGACGGAUGCAACGGUCAAAGUGAAGAAAUAUGAAGGUGAGUUGGAAGUAAACCCUCUACAAUUGACGUGGGAACAAAAAGAGAUGACACAAAAGUUAAUCAUUUCAAACAAGAAGGCCGCUCAAAUCUACGUGGUCAAGUUGAAAUGCUCGGACAACACGACUUUCAAGAUUCAACCGGUUUAUGGAAGUGUUGCUGUUGGCGGGGAUCUAGAGAUAUUCAUCACUCAAACAGUUCCUCCUGCAAAACGACCCAACAAACUUGUAAUUGAUGUCAUCAAAUUGGACAAGGCAGAAAGUGCCAGCGAUUCGGGAAAGGUUGCGGAAGUGUUCAAGCGAGAAGACGUUCAAAAAGAUUCAAUCAUCGUGCCGCUGCUCAUCAAA